AUGCCGCCCAUCGAGCCCUGGAGCCCCGGCGCGGGGACGGCGCCCUGGGACUACUCGGGGUCGGGCGCCCCGGGGGAGCCGGCGCUGGAGCCGGAGCUGUGCGCGGCGCGCGAGCUGCCCUACGGCCACGCCUACGUGCCCGCGCUCUACCUGGCGGCCUUCGCCUUGGGCCUGCCGGGCAACGCCCUCGUGCUCUGGCUGCUGGCCGGGCGGCGCGGCCCGCGGCGGCCGGUGGACACCUUCGUGCGGCACCUGGCGGCCGCCGACCUGGGCUUCGUGCUCACGCUGCCGCUGUGGGCCGCGGCGGCGGCGCGCGGCGGCCGCUGGCCCUUCGGCGAGGGCCUGUGCAAGCUCAGCAGCUUCGCGCUGGCCGGCACGCGCUGCGCGGGCGCGCUGCUGCUGGCCGGCCUCAGCCUGGACCGCUGCCGGGCCGUGGGCCGGCCCCUGGCCGCGCGCGCCCGCCGCGCCCCGUGCCGCGCCUCGGCCGCCUGCGCGGGCGUGUGGGCCGCGGCGCUGGCGGCCGGCCUGCCGGCGCUGGCCUUCCGGCGCCUGCGGCCGCUGCCCGGGGCGCGCGGCAGCCAGUGCGCGGAGGCGCCGUCCGCCGCCGCCCAGGGCCUGGGCCUCCUGCUGCUGCUGCUCACGCUGGCGCUGCCGCUGGCCGCCACCGUCGUCUGCUACUGCCAAGUGUGGCGCCGCCUGCGCGGGCCGCCGCGCCUGGGCCGCGCCCGCAGCCGCUCGCUGCGCAUCAUCGUGGCCGUCGAGGGCGCCUUCGUGGGCUCCUGGCUGCCCUUCUGCGCGCUGCGCGCCGUCUUCCACCUGGCGAGCCUGCGCGCGCUGCCGCUGGCCUGCCGCCUGCUGCAGGCGCUGCGCUGGGGCCUCUCGGCCGCCACCUGCCUGGCCUUCGUCGGCAGCUGCGCCAACCCGCUCAUCUACCUGCUGCUCGACCGCUCGUUCCGCGCGCAGCUGCGGCGGCGGGGGGCCUGCGGGCGCGAGGACCGCGCGGCGCGCGGCGGCAGCUCGGCGUCCUCGCUCUCCGGGGACGACGGCUCCCCGUUCCGGAGGUCGGCCCGCGGCGGGACCCGCGCCCCCGCGACGCCCGCCUUCCCGGCCGUCGCGCCGUAG